AUGUCGGCAGGAGGCUGUGAAGAACUUGCUAUCGCAAAACAAGAGAAGGUGAAGAGAUUCAAAGGACAGAAAACCUACUGGCUGAAUUAUCGCCGGAACACAGACGCCGAAAAAUGUGGAAGAUGGGGAAGGACAAACGCCGGAAGAGAAAGCAAGUGGCGAUGGGAAAGGAAGCUUACAAGAAAGAGGUCGCCGAAGGAGCAGGAAGGAGGAACGCCGCCGGAGCAUAGACGAAGAGUGGCCGAAGAAUUUGAAGACGAAAUGUGUAGUAUGUGGCUCAGGACAGCUCUCACGUGGCGCCGUCUCCAGGUACUGAGAGGAGUAGGAGGAAAUGAUGUUGGUGUUGAAACUAAAGCAGAAGUUGAAGGCAGACUUGAUCCUCUUCUUUCAGGAAGUUUGCUUCUUGUGCUGGAUGAUAUAUGGAGUGCAAACGUGUGGAGAGAGUUGCUCAGAAAUCCCAUUUUGAAGGGUUCAUGUAGGAGUGUUAUCUUAUUUACCACUAGGCAUGAAGUUGUGGCAAGAGAAAUGAGAGCAGAUUAUGUUCACCCUGCUGAGAAAAUAGACGAAGGCAGUGGUUGGGAAUUAAUUAGAAAGAUUGUUUUUGGAGAUGGGGAGGAUGCAAUAAUUUCUGAAUUGGAAGAAGUUGGUAUGGAAAUUGUCAGAAAAUGUGAUGGUCUUCCUCUGGCAAUCAAAGUGAUGGCUGGUGUUUUAUUUCACAAGGAAAGGACUAAGACGGAGUGGAAAAAAGUUGUUGAAAGUGAUUUAUGGUUUAGGAAAGAGAUCAAACUAUCCAAUGCUUUAUACUUGAGCUAUGAGGAUUUGCCCAAUCACCUCAAACAAUGCUUUCUUAGUUGUGCUUUCUACCACGGCAUAUCACAUCGAUCUGACAUAAUCAGACUGUGGGUGGCCGAAGGGUUUGUCAUUGAAGAAUUAGAUAGUUUGAUGGAAGUUACUGCAAAAGACUACUACAAAGAACUUAUUGCAAGAAACCUUUUGCAAAUUGACCAAAGAUUUGAAGAUGGUAGACUAUUUGUUAUGCAUGGUGUUUUGCGAUCUUUUGGGGAAAAAUUGAUGGAAGAGGAAGGGAUUAUUAUUAGUGGUGAUCCAUAUAGAAACAGCCUCCCAGAUUCUCUUGUAAAAUUGUCUCAUCUAAAAUACUUGAAUCUUGAUGGAACAAAGAUUAGAAAGCUUCCUGAAUCCAUUAAGGAUCUGGCAAACCUGCAAACUUUGUGUCUCUCGGGGUGUAAAUCACUGCAUGAACUUCCAGAUGGCAUCACAAGGUUGAGCAAUUUGAGGUGCCUUCGAAUUUUGAGUACUCCACUCACCCAUUUUCCAAAGGGAUUUGGGAAGUUGAAAAAUCUCAACAAUCUUGCCGGAUUUUUCGUAGGCCAUCGUGACUCCAUGAGCAUGAUGGAAGGUGGUUGUGACUUGGACGAGUUGCAAUAUUUGUGCAACCUAAAUGAUCUGGUUAUUAGUAAAUUGGAAAGGGCAAGGACGACAAACUUUGUGCUUGAGAACAAAACAUUUCUUAGGAUACUGACUCUUGGAUGGACAAUGAACAAUAAUGAAAACAAUGAUGAGCAAAGCAGUGAGGCAGAGAGGAUAUGCAAACAACUCAGUCCUCCAGCGACCCUAGAAGGUCUCUCCAUCGACAAUUUCCCCGGUCGACAGUUUCCAGACUGGAUGGUGUCAACUUCAUUGGCUGACCUAACAUUUUUGGCUCUUGACAAAUUUCCAUCAUGUCGAGAAAACAAGUAA